ACAUCUAUAUAAAACAUGGAUCUCAAUGUAACUAUAUAUUCAAACUUCCAGAGGCAGUUCUUUAUUAUUGUGUCCCACUCGAAACGUUUAGAAGCCAAUUGCUUGGAUAUGUUGAGUAAGGUACUAAGUUACAAGGUGAGCAAGAUGUUUGUUCUUUUCAGUAUCGUUGCCAUAAUCGUUCCGAUACAAUCAGACAGGCAAUCUUUACCGAAACAGUAUAGUAAUCUGUACGGUGAUGAGAAUAUAUCGAAUUUAUCAAAUUUACUCGGGAUGGGUAUCGGAGUCCUGAACUUUCUGGAACAAGGCCAACAUUAUCUAAACCAGGAAAUACCGGAGACGACUCCUGAAUCUGGAGAUGUAUAUGAUUUUGUGGUGGUUGGUGCUGGCACGGCCGGUGCCACGGUAGCCGCGAGAUUAAGUGAAAUUCCUCAAGUCAAGAUAUUGCUAAUCGAAGCUGGAUCCAACGAGAAUAUUCUCAUGGACAUUCCGCUAGCCGUUCAUUUUCUACAGCUAAGUAAUGAUCUUAAUUGGAAAUAUCAAACAAAGCCGUCCAAUAGAUAUUGUCUCGGUAUGAAUAACAACAGGUGUAACUGGCCUAGAGGAAAAGUGAUGGGCGGUAGCAGCGUGCUAAACUACAUGAUUGCUACCAGAGGCGGCGCCGAGGAUUACGAUCGCUGGGCUGAAAUGGGGAAUGAAGGUUGGGCUUACAAAGAUGUUCUCAAGUACUUUAAGAAAUUGGAAACAAUCGAUAUUCCGGAAUUACAAUCGGAUACUACAUAUCAUGGAACUAAGGGACCAUUGCACAUUAGCUACCCGUUAUUUCAUACACCAUUAGCAGAGGCUUUCGUAGAAGCUGGCAAAGAGCUAAAAUAUCCACUGGUAGAUUACAACGGAAAAAACAUGAUAGGAUUUUCAUAUGUGCAGAGCACAAUUAUGAAUGGCACCCGCAUGAGCAGUAAUAGAGCAUACCUGUAUCCCAUACACGAUCGUAAAAAUCUUCACGUGACUCGUCAGAGUAUAGUGAGAAAAGUGCUAAUCAAUCGUCGUACAAAUCGUGCGAUUGGUGUAGAGUUUACUAAAUAUGGUCGAAUUAUCUCCGUGCUCGCCAGCAAAGAAGUGAUAUUGUGCACAGGUGCAAUUGGAUCGCCUCAGUUGCUAAUGCUGUCCGGUAUUGGACCGGCUGAACAUCUUACCAAACUCGGUAUAGAUGUUAUACGAAAUGCGCCGGUCGGGGAGAAUCUAAUGGAUCAUGUGGCCUUCGGCGGACUGACGUGGACGGUGAAUGCAUCAGUAGAUAUAAAAAUGCAGGACAUAAUAAAUCCUACUCAUCCGUAUGUAGGGGAUUUCCUAAUGAGACGAUCGGGACCAAUUACAAUUCCGGGCGCAUGUGAGGCUCUCGCUUUCAUCAAUACUAAGCAUCCAGAAAAACGUAGCGGUUUGCCGGAUAUAGAAUUACUGUUUACCGGUGGUGGUUUCAAAGGAGAUCUUCUUCUUCCGACUGUAAUGGGUUUAAAUACGCAAAUGCAUCAGAUAUGGCAUAAAUAUAUCUAUAAACACGGUUGGACCGUAAUGCCAAUGCUGUUGAAACCAAAGAGUCGGGGACGGAUAAGAUUAUUAGCUAAUGAUGUUAACGUUAAACCUGAGAUAGUGCCAAAUUAUUUCGAUGAUGUGGAAGACGUUAAGACAAUGAUCGCCGGUAUUAAAGCUGCGAUGAAGAUCAGUCAAACAAAGGCGAUGCAGACGUUCGAUUCGCAAUUAUGUAAUGAUACUCUUCCCGGAUGCGAAAACUACAGUUAUGAUUCCUUUGCUUAUUGGGAGUGUGCGAUCAGACUGAUCCCAUGUACCAUCUAUCAUUACUCCGGUACUUGCAAGAUGGGACCAAGGGAAGACCCAACUGCUGUUGUUGAUCCCAAAUUAAAGGUAAUCGAUAUUCAAGGACUGAGAGUAGCAGACGCAUCCAUCAUGCCCGACAUUAUAUCGGCGCAUACAAAUAUACCUGUUUAUAUGAUAGCCGAGAAAGUAGCAGAUAUGAUCAAGGAAGAAUGGGGAUAUUUGAAACAAUCAGUAUCAUAAUAUUUUACGAAAUAAUUAUAUCAGUUUUCAUGCAUAAUAUCUUGUAGACAAUUAAAGUUGCAAGUAAA